UUUGCCUGAACUAGACCUCCACUCCGUUGAUGACAUGUUGACAGAACCAGUCUCCACAUUUGUCCUACACGGCUUUAAGAAAGGAAGGAAUUCGAGGCUGAGCAGUAUUCAUGUAACCUAAAUCCACCACUUUAGAAUCCACGGCUGUCUCACACGGGCUCAGAACCAACAACACACCUCUCAAAAUGCAUCCUACUAGCCGUGACAUCCAGCUGGAGACCAGUGGAAACAUAGAUAACAAAAGUCAUGAGGAUGGUAAUGAUUUGUGCCACACUUCCAUAAUGCCCCCUGGCUGGAUCAGGGAGGUGAGGCAGAGGAAAGCAGGCAAGACAGCAGGCAAACUGGACGUCUACAUUACAAGUCCUGAAGGGCAGAAGUUCCGGUCAAGGGCAUCCCUGCACGCUUUCCUCCUAAAAAACAGAGAAGGGAACUUAGACAUAAACCUUUUUGAUUUCACCACAUCCAAGGAUGAUGUCAUCACCACUUCACAAAUAUUCCCCUCCCAAAUGAAACAGAAGAGAACAAAGAAAAAACAUGCGGACGGACAGCAGGAGACAACCCAAGAUGCAACAGAAAUUCUGGAUCCACCGCCACAUAAAUCUAAAAGAGCGUCUAAAGAAGAAACUGUAAAGAGUGCAGAUGAUAAUAACCAUAUUAAUACUGACGUUUUAAUAGAGGUUUUAGAAGUGUGUAGAGACAAAAUGGAUGAGGCUGUGAAAUGCUGCAAACAAGCUGAGCCUUCAGCAACAGUGGAUGAUGUCAAACUGCAGAACAGCCCUCAGAGAGUCGGGCUGAGAGAGAAGCUUCUCCGACUAGCUCCGUCUAGAAAACAAAAAAACACUUCCUGUGUUCAUGAGGACAAAGAGGCAGAGUCACACCCUUCUGUCCCGACUCUGAAUGUUGAACCUGCCACUGAGAGCGAGAAUGAAGGUGAGGAUGAACAAGGUGCAGACGAGAAACAGAUUCACAGCAAAGGCGACAACAGGGAGGAGGUGUUGUUACCUGACAUCACUGGCAGUAGCUGUACACCAGUGAGAGAUUCCCAGAAUAAGUCCAAGGGCUUGGAAGACAAACGGAAAACGAGCCCUUAUUUCAGCGGGAAACACUUUAAAGAUGGACUUAGCCCUCCCAGGAGGAAGGUCUUCAAGAAGUGGACCCCCCCCCGUUCUCCAUUCAACCUUGUACAGGAAACCCUUUUCCACGACCCCUGGAAGCUCUUGGUUGCCACCAUUUUUCUGAAUAAGACCAGUGGCAAGAUGGCCAUUCCUGUACUGUGGCAGUUCUUUGAGCGUUACCCAUCCGCAGAGGUGACCAGGCAGGCCGACUGGAAGCCCAUGUCUGAACUUAUGAAGCCACUUGGCCUGUAUGAGCUUAGAGCCAAAAUACUCAUCCGCUUUUCAGAUGAAUAUCUAGCUAAACAGUGGCGUUACCCCAUCGAGCUGCAUGGUAUUGGGAAGUACGGCAACGACUCCUACAGGAUCUUCUGUGUGGAAGAGUGGAGACAAGUGACACCUGAAGAUCACAAGUUAAACAAAUACCACGCUUGGCUGUGGGAGAACCAUGAAAACCUUGGAAUCUGAAACACAAAGUACAAGGAACUGCAAAGAAGACUUGUUGUAACACACAAAGAAAACAAUUAUAUCACGUAGACACUGCACUGUCCAGCUAUACUAUCAUGAUGAUGAACUAGCACUGUUAAACCUGAAUCGCCUUCGAAAUUAUGCAGUGAUACUC